CAGAAUCAAACAUGAAGAUACUGAGGAACAAACAGACUGGAUGGAGAUUAAACCCGAAAAACAUGAACUAAAUGAAACAGAUGAGGAACAGCAGAGCAUCAAAGCUAAUAAACUUUACACCUGCCCUCAGUGUGGAAAGCGUUUCAGACAAAAAGGACACCUUAAAAUACACAUAAGAAUUCAUACUGGAGAGAAACCAUUUAACUGUGAUCAGUGUGGUAAAGAUUUUAUUUCGUCAUCACAUCUAAUCAAACACCUGAAAGUUCAUUCAGAUGAGAAGCCUUAUGUGUGUUCUCUCUGUGGAAAGAGUUUUUCAAGGCUGGAUCAUUUUAAACAGCACCAGAAAACACACAAUGAAGUGAGAGAUCAUGUGUGCUGUGACUGUGGGAAGAGUUUUACUAGAUCUGACCAACUGAGACAGCAUCAAAGUUUUCAUACCGGAAAGAAUCCUUACAAGUGCUCAUACUGUGACAAGAGUUUCAAUCGGUCAGAGCACCUGAAAUCACACGAGCGACUCCAUACUGGAGAGAAGCCUUACCAGUGUACUCAGUGUGAGAAGAGUUUCAGAGAUGCAACUGGUUUAAAAAGUCAUCUGCGCGUUCACUCCGGAGAAAAACAUUUUAACUGUGAUCAGUGUGGUAAAGAGUUUAUUUCGUCAUCAAAUCUAAAUCAACACCUGAAAGUUCAUUCAGAUGAGAGGCAUUAUGUGUGUUCUCUCUGUGGAAAGAGUUUUUCUCGACUGGAUCAUUUUAAACUCCACCAGAAAACACACAAUGAAGUGAGAGAUCAUUUGUGUUGUGACUGUGGGAAGAGCUUUACUAGAGCUGACAAUCUGAAUCGGCACCAAAGAAUUCAUACUGGAGAAAAUUCUUACAAGUGCUCAUAUUGUGACAAGAGUUUCACUCGCUCCAGAUCUCUGAAAUCACACGAGCGAGUUCAUACUGGAGAGAAAACCACACCACUUCCCUCCAUGGGAGAAGAGUUUUAAAAGUUUAUCAAGCCUUCACAUC